AUGAAUGAAAAAUCAGCUGGUGGGCAUAGAAUUUUUCAGUUACAUGAACUAGAGGAGUUGAGGAAUGAAGCUUAUGAAAAUCAUAUAAUAUAUAAAGAAAAAACUAAAACUUUUCAUGAUAAAUACAUUAGCAGAAAAAAAUUUGAUGUUGGACAAAAAGUGUGGUUAUAUGAUUCUAGGCUGAAAUUAUUCCCAAGAAAAUUAAAAUCAAAAUGGAAAGGGCCUUAUGUGGUGGAAGAGACAUAUGAUCAUGGGGCUGUAAUGAUUAAAGAUCCUAAAAGUGAUCAUAACUUUAAGGUAAAUGGACAGCGGCUUAAACAUUACAUAGAACAUGAACGCCUUGCAGAAAAAGAAAUUUUAUUAUUAAAAGAAAUUCAAGAGUAAGAUCAAGCAGUCCAGCUGGAGACAUUAAAUUCAGCGCUGCAUGGGAGGCAACCCAUGGUUUUUAUUUCAUUUUGUUUGAUUUUUUUUAAGCUCUAUUUUUCUUAGAAUUUUGCAAUACUUGUUUCUGUAUUUGUUUUUUCGAAAGAGUGCAGGAGGAGGCGUGUAAGACGAAGUGGAAAAUUAAAAACGAGGUUGAGGUGAUAUCUUUCGGAGCUUUAUCAUUUAUGACAACAUUUUUAAUGCUAAACUUUGCAUAUAUGCAUGCUUCACUUGAAAAUUAUAUUUUCUGCAUAUUCUGUUUCGAUUUUUCUGUGUCAUUGAGGACAAUGUCAUUUUUAAGUUGGGGGGUGAAGUAUUCAUUAUUAAUUUAUGCUGUAGGACGAUUAAGAAAAUGUGUUUGCAUUUUAUUCAACUUAGAACAGCAACUAAAAAAAUAAAAAAUAAAAAAAGAUCGCCGAAUUCGAAAAAACUGCAACAUCUAUUUUCUGGUUUUCUAUCAAGAACAACAGACUGUCAAAAACAGCAGACGAAAAAAUAACCCGAAAUUGGAAAUUAUAGAGACCCUUUUCUCACAUUUCAAUCCCCUAGACAUAUAUUACUGAAAUUCGAAAUUACAGUUAUAACGAAGAUAGUUUUGAUUUAUUUUUGA